GAUCCGAUCGCCGUCGUCCGGUGACGGUAGUGUACGUUUUGCGGUCACCACGCGUGUUCCAAACCAGUGCAGUUACGUGUCGACGUCGCGUUCGUGCAGUGCUGUCCAGUUCAGACGAGCAGGAAAUAAAAACGCGCAGCGCUCAGUUGUGUUCAGUAGUUUUUUUUUUUUUUAUUUUUCUUCGACCUUUUUUUCGAUUUUUAAAUCGCGCGUUUCUUCUCUUUUCCUCCGCCGCAUUGUUAAUCGCUUGGGCGGCUAUCGUGCACAGGCACACGCGCGCCGAGAGACAAACGUCCGAAAACACCUUACGCCAUGGCAGUCUCCACGUUGAACAUGACUCCUUACUUCACCGGAUACCCGUUCCAAGGCCAGGGCCGCAUGAACCAGCUCGGCGGCGUGUUCAUCAACGGACGCCCGUUGCCCAACCACAUCCGUCUGAAGAUCGUGGAAAUGGCCGCGGCCGGGGUGCGCCCUUGCGUCAUAUCCCGUCAGCUCCGGGUGUCUCACGGCUGCGUGUCCAAGAUCCUCAACCGGUACCAGGAGACCGGAAGCAUCCGGCCAGGCGUGAUUGGUGGUAGCAAGCCCAGAGUGGCCACGCCGGACGUGGAGAGACGCAUCGAAGAAUACAAAAAGGCCAACCCGGCCAUGUUCAGCUGGGAAAUCCGCGACAAGCUGGUCAAGCAGGAUGGUAUUUGCGAUAAAAACUCAGCUCCAUCCAUCAGUUCCAUCAGUCGAUUAUUGCGCGGCGGUAGAAGGGACGAGCUGAAAAACCAUUCUAUUGACGGGAUCUUGGGUCCGAGCAGCGCCGACGAUUCGGACACGGAAUCGGAACCGGGAUUCCACCUGAAACGCAAACAGCGUCGGAGCAGAACCACGUUUACGGGCGAACAGCUGGAGGACUUGGAGCGAGCAUUCCACAAGUCCCAGUACCCAGACGUGUACACCCGAGAAGAGUUGGCUCAAAAGACGAAACUGACGGAAGCUCGCGUGCAAGUGUGGUUCAGCAACCGUCGGGCACGCCUCCGGAAGCAGAUGGGCACGCACCAGCACAUGAACGCAGCGGCCGCGGCUUUCAACCCGGCCGCCGUCGUCAGUCUGUCGGCCGGCUCCUUUCAGCCGGCUCAGAGUGGCCAGCACGGAAACCAUGGCCAAUACGGUGGCCACGAGCACCAUACCGCAGCGGCCGCGUCCAACUUCAACUCGCCCCAAGGAACUUCCCACGGCACGUGGCAUGCCACCGGAGGGUACUACCCCACGACGACUUGCAAUUAUGGAGCCGGUGGCAGUGGCAUUAGUGGCGGAACGUCUGUCGACGCCAUGUACCACCAUCACCACUCGCACCACCAGACCAACGUUGCUGCUUCAUAUUCGCCGCAAGAAUCCGCCGCCGCAGCCGCUGUCAACGACCAUCAUUCGCUGGGAUGGAACAAGGCCCACAAAGACGUCACCACCGCUGCCACCUGGAACCCGGAUAAUUACUCAUUCUUCGCCGGAGGCAACACCAUAUACGGCUCUGGUUCCAAUUUGGCCCCGCACUCGGCCAGCGAAGCCAAGUCGGGUUAUCCGUACUUCGGGCAACUGUCUCAAAUGGAUGCGAUGUGCGGCAGGGUGCAUUAGCAGCAGCAGCAGCAGCAGCAGCAGAAACAGGUGCGACCUCUGCGGGGCACGUCUACAUCGUACUAAGGAAACGCGUAUCUUUCUACUCCUCCUCCUCCUCCUCUUCUUCUUCUUGCUGUACUAUUUCUCGCGCGUGGUUUCGCGGCAAUACUACGGAGAAAAAAAAAAAAAA